AUGAAUCUUGCAUCACAAAUAGCUGAUAAAGUAGCAGGAAAAUUACCAACAUCUACACCAAGUCAACCACAAUAUGAUGAAAGUCGUAAACAACAUGCAAUAAUAUGGCGUGGAAAACGAAAUGUUGAAUAUGUUGAAAAACCAAUGCCGAUGAUAUCUGAUCCACGUGAUAUUUUAUUAAAAAUAAGUGCAACAACAGUUUGUGGUUCUGAUUUACAUUUAUAUAAUAAUACAAUGCUUGAUAUGCAUGAUGGAGAUAUUCUUGGUCAUGAAUUUAUGGGUACUAUUGAACAAAUUGGUGAUCAAGUUAAAAAUUUACAUAUUGGACAACGUGUUGUUGUUGCAUUUAAUAUUGCUUGUGGAUUUUGUGAUUAUUGUAAACGUGAAGAAUAUUCUGUUUGUGAUACAACAAAUCCAUCAAAACUUCAAGAAAAUCUGUAUGGACAAAAAACAGCUGCUCUUUUUGGUUAUUCACAUUUAACUGGUGGUGUACCUGGUGGACAAGCUGAAUAUGUUCGUGUACCAUUUGCUGAUAUGAAUUGUUUACCAAUACCAGAUGAUGUACCUGAUAAUAAAGCACUUUAUUUAUCUGAUAUUAUUCCAACAGCAUAUCAUGGAUGUUAUAUUGGUAAUGUUAAAAAAGAUUCAACUGUUGCUAUUUGGGGUCUUGGUCCAAUUGGAUUACUUGAAGCACGUUGGUGUCAAAUAAUUGGUGCUAAACGUAUUAUUGGUAUUGAUUCAGUUCCUGAAAGACUUGAAAUAGCAUCAAAAACAUUAGGAAUUGAAAUAAUUAAUUUUAAAGAAGUUGAUACAACAAAAAAAUUACUUGAAAUGGUUCCUGGUGGUGUUGAUUGUUCAUUAGAAGCGGCUGGUUUUGAUUAUGCUAAAUCAUUACUUCAUAAAGUUGAACGUUUUCUUAAUUUAGAAACUGAUGCUGGAGAUAUUUUAACUGAAAUGAUAACAUGUACACGUAAAGCUGGUACAAUAUCAAUUAUUGGAGUUUAUAAUAAUACUGUUAAUCAUUUUCCUAUUGGACCAAUGAUGGAAAAACAUUUACAAAUUGUUGGUGGACAAUCUUAUACACAAAAACAUUGGAAAAUGUGUUUAGAAAAAAUUCGUUCAGGUGAAUUUGAUCCAACAUUUGUUGUAUCACAUAAUUUGACACUUAAUCAAGUACCUGAUUAUUAUAAACAAUUCGAUGAUAAAGAAGGUGGAGCACUUAAAUGUUUUGUUCGACCUGAAAAUUUUACAGAAAAAAAAUAA